CGGUCACAGUGACUCAGGCAGAGACUGCCGACUUGGAGAGAAUUUGACCACUGGUGAACUACAUCAAGGAUGGAGCGAAGGUUGGGACUAAUGAAUAUGUUAGUUUUACUACUAGUGGCUGUGCUGGUGGUAGUACCUGCCACUGCCAAACCAGCAGGUCUGUUCGCUCGCUUAUUCGGAGCAACGGAUGUAACGGAUGUUUCUGACGACACCGGUGGAUCAAACUGCGCGGGAUGUGCAAUAAUCAUUGGUAUUGUUGAGCAGCUAGCUGAAUUCGAUAAUAGCACGGUGGAGGCGGCUCUAGACAAACUGUGCACUUACCUGGGUAGCUUGAAGACGUCAUGUCAACUAGUUGUGAAUAUGUACGCUGAGGAAGUGAUUGCGGCCCUGGAAAAGAAAGAAACACCUGAUGUGAUUUGCCACACCCUUGGGUUCUGCAAAACACCAGCCGGCAAGCCCAUGUGCCACAUAUUCCCUUUGCCAUCAGCUUUGCAGCACAUGGCACCCGAUAGGCUCUCUGAGCACGUGCAAACACUACACACAGGAUACGUGCAAAGAGCAAGAAUGCACAAGAAUUCAGCAGUACGUCAGGCGGCAACGGUCGGCUCAGCCUUGGUAGACUUUUGCAAAUUGCCAGGUAUAGAAGAAAUUUGUAAGAUUGUGGAGAGGUGGACGAAUGACAACCGACCGCUUGAUGAUCUUGACCUGGAUGGGUUCUCUAUGUUGCCAACUGCCCGCGGCUCUGCAUGGCGCGGUAAAGACUGCAAUGAUUCCAACGGCGAUACUCAUCCUGGGCGACAAGCAGUGGAUGGUGAUGCAAUGGCCGACAGUAAUUGCAAUGGCAUCCUAGGCUCAGACUCGGCUGGAAACACGUAUGAGGAUCUAUGGUGCAAUGGCAGUGUGAGGUACGGAACUGCUGUGCUUGGUGACAGCAUUGGUGCACAUUUUCAUAUUCCGCCAGAAUGGAUGAAUGUCACUGAACUGAGUGAAAAGGCAUUUGCCAAUCUUCUAUACAUCCUGACUAACGAACUGGACUGGCCGCAGCUCAGCACUGCUACUGGGCACUACAAUUCUAGCCGGUGGCCCGAUGAGAUCCACGGACCCAUGGACUCACUCUACCAGCGCAUGUUUGAACUGAACCGCUGUAAUCACCGUGACUACCAGAACAUUGCCGUCAACGGUGCUCGUGCCACGGCCAUGGCUGAUCACAUUGUUCUCACACUCUCCCGUCAGCAAACACGCGAUCAGCCGCUGCUGAUAAUGCUCGAAUUGGUGGGUAACGAUGUGUGUAGUGGCCACCCAGACUUCAGUCAUAUGACACCACCAGAUGUGUACCAUGAUGCACAGCUAAAGACGUUGAGAUACCUGGACACGAUUCUGCCUCGUGGCUCUCACAUUCUCCUGGUUGGCUUGGUGGAUGGGCGCUUUCUGUAUAACAACAUGCACUCCAGAAUUCAUCCCCUCGGUGCUUUCCGCGGUGACGUCACCUACCAGAAUGUUUAUGAUUACCUCGACUGUCUUGGCGUCACUCCCUGCUGGGGAUGGCUGAAUUCUAAUGAAUCCAUAAGGAACGCCACAACGGAGCAUGCCGAGCUGCUGAAUGCACAGCUGCAGAAAAUAGCCGAUACGGAGAAAUUCAACAACUUUGACGUCCUGUACACUAUGUAUGACAUCAACGCAGCCGCCAAAGAAGCUGCUAAGUUUGGCAAGCAGCCCUGGCAGCUGGUGGAGCCUGUGGACGGCUUCCAUGCUAAUCAACUGAGUAACUCCCUGACCGCUGGACUCCUGUGGAAGCUUUUUCAGCAGGAGCGACCAGCAUGGGUGCCGGCUGCGAAUCCGCACAAUGCUGAUAUUGUCGGCAAGUUUGGAGAUCAAGGUGGCUAUUGAUCUCGCUUUCAAAGCCGAGUCAAUCGCGAUGACUGCCACGUCUGUGGUGCACAAUUACCGUAGCGGUAUCCUACAAACACCAUCAGAGACCGUGUGUUUCUUUCGGUCCAAGAACAAUUUCCUUCGUGACUGCCACUGUGGCUAUAUGAAAGUACCUGGGCAGGACUGCUAGAGUUUGUUUAUGCAUGUCCCGACUGGUGGACAUGCAUACCAAUUGAUGAGACCGGGAGUGGUGUACAUCAAAUGGCCAUGGCUCAAGCAGGGUCUGAAAACCUGUUGUCAAAUUCACGGUCGAUAUAAUGUAAUCAUGCUGAUUCAACCUUUGGGCAACUAACUUACUAGUCCUCCAGUCCCUAGUCGUUACACAAUAAUUAUAUCAAACCAUGAAAUAUUCAUUUAUACCAUGAUACUAAGUCACAAUUUACAAAUUUGAAUUUUCCAGUCUAUUUAUGGUUUUACUUGUUUCCAAUGGCCUGUUUGAUAUAAUUCUUCUAUAUAGAUUUUACCCUGUUUCUACUAUGAAUUCGACGCGAAUAGUUCCAGUUUGACUGUGACAUAGAGUGACUAUGUGACAUA